AGUGAGCCGAGCAGAGGGAUCGCCUCCGCCCGCACCCAGCAUGCUUCGCCGAGGCUAUAAGGCCUCUGAAAGGCGAAAACACUUGAGCGAGAGGCUCAGCUGGCACCAAGACCAGGCGCUGAGUAGCAGCAUCUACCUCCUACGAGAGAUGGGCCCCACUGGCUUCCUGCUGAGGGAGGAGGAGCCGGAAUACAUGGAUUUCCGAGUUUUUCUAGGAAAUCCUCAUGUUUGUAACUGUUCCACAUUUCUGAAAGGAGGGGAACUUUGUAAGCAUAUCUGCUGGGUCUUGUUGAAAAAAUUCAAGCUUCCAAGGAACCAUGAAUCUGCUUUACAGUUGGGUCUUGGAGAAAGAGAGAUAAGUGACUUGCUUCGGGGGAUACAUGGAGUUCAAACUCCCCAACCAGGAACAAAUGACGAAAAUGAACAUGUUGAAGAAGAUGGGUACAUUAAACAGAAGGAAAUUGAUUCAGAGGAUAUCUGCUCUAUUUGUCAAGAGCUACUUUUAGAGAAAAAGCUUCCUGUCACCUUUUGCAGGUUUGGCUGUGGCAAUAGUAUUCAUAUAAAAUGCGUGAAGAUCUUAGCUAAUUAUCAGAGUACAUCAAACACUUCCGUGUUGAAAUGUCCUCUGUGCAGGAAAGAGUUUGCACCAUUAAAACUGAUUUUGGAGGAAUUCAAAAACUCUAGCAAACUUGUAACUGCAGCAGAGAAAGAGAGACUGGACAAACACCUUGGAAUUCCCUGUAAUAACUGCAAGCAAUUUCCAAUUGAGGGGAAGUGUUAUAAGUGUACCGAAUGCAUAGAAUAUCACUUAUGCCAGGAAUGUUUUGAUAGCUGCUGCCAUCUUUCCCACACGUUUACAUUUCGUGAGAAAAGAAACCAAAAAUGGAGAUCACCAGAAAAAACAGCAGAUGAAGUUGUCAAAUACAUAGAUACUAAAAGUGAGAUAGAAGAAAAGGUGUCACAUUUUCAAGAAAAGCAAGGCCAAGUUUACACACCAAAACACAUUGUAAGAUCACUGCCUCUCCACCUGAUUACUAAGAAUAGUAAGCUGCUUGCUCCAGGCUACCAGUGUCUACUUUGCUUGAAGGCAUUUCAUCUUGGUCAACAUACAAGAUUGCUACCAUGUACUCACAAGUUUCACAGGAAGUGUAUUGACAAUUGGUUAUUCCACAAGUGCAAUUCAUGCCCUAUUGAUGGACAAGUUAUAUAUAACCCUUUAACUUGGAAAAAUUCAGCAGUGAAUGGAAGAGCACAUCAGUCUGUUUCAAACAGAGACAUCAUUCGUCUAUCAAAGCAGAAAGAACCAGAUCUUUUUAUUCCUGGUACCGGAUUAGUCUUAAAGCAAAAUAGACUUGGAAUUUUACCUAGCAUACCUCAGUGUAAUUUUGAUAAACUGAAUACACCUCAAAGCCCAAAAGAUGCCUAUGAGAAUAUAACAAUAGAUAAUCUAUUCUCUAUCAAAUUAGAUAAUUCAAAUUCAAGAAAAUUAACCUAUGAAUAUAAAAUUAGCCAACAUUUUCCCAGGUAUCUUCAAGAUUUACCCACUGUAUCAUUUGGGAAAAUACCAUCCCAAACACUUCCUCCUAUUGUUCAUAAGAAUAUUGUAUGUCCCACUGCAAUGGAAAGUCCAUGCAUCAGUGGAAAGUACCACACUAGUCAAAGCCGGAUGACCAAAGGCUGUAAAUGUAAUAACCACAACCUAAAGAAGACUCCUGGCACUAAAAUAAGAGAGGACAACAAGAGAUCAACUUUGCUUACAGAGGAUUUCAAUCUUAUUGUCAAUUGGAGCACAGCUAAACUUAGUUUGUCUAAAAGGUAUAAUAACUGCAUGGGGGAAAUUACACGAAAAUGUAGUCAUCUAUCAAGACAGCCUGUGUCUCACUCUGUAAAUACAAAAAGUACUGAGCUAUCUUUAAUAAUAGAAGGAGUUCAAUUGUGAAAAAGUUUACUAUCUGAAAAUAUUUGAAUGUUGAAUAUAAAAACAUGUUUUAUACAGAACAUAAAAAGCACAUAUAGUCUUGACAAAUGUAUAUAAAAGUCUCUGUUGGAAUUUGCUUACUUACCUAUAAACAGGUCACUACACUUAAAGGAAAUGAUUCUGUUACUUAUACGACUUACAGCAUUAGGUGUCUUCAUGAGUAUAUUCAGGGUGUUAUAAAUAAUGAAUAAUUUUUAGAGCCUUUAUCUUAUUUUACUCUGAUUUUAAAAAUGUUUUACUUAAAUUAAGGAAAUAGAUUUUUCCUACUUUGAGUCACUGUUUUCAAAUAUUUUCCAUGGUAGCACAUAACAUGCAGGGAUUACUCCCUGGUACUUCUGUAUUUUUUGCAUUUUUCUUGCAGUACUAAUUACCACAAACCUAUAAAAAAAAAACCUUGAAAAACUCCAUAAAGGAGUUUUCUUAUACAUAAAAUGAAACACUAUCAGCUAUGUCACAUUUAUAAUGGUCUUAAUGUUUUAUUUUCAAGAAACUUAUAUAAUUACUACCAAAUUUCUUGAUACAAUCACUAUUAUCGACGGAUCUGUUAUUCAAAAUCUCUAUUUUCAAAGUAACUAUUGUUUCAAAAUGUUCAUUUGAAAAAAUGUAACCCUUAGAUUUUUGUUUAUUUUUAAAUUAUAUGGCUCAGUUUCUUUUCAAAUAUUUUUAAAAUUAUUGAUGCUAUAUUGAUUUUUAUUAUGUCACAAGGAAAAACAUCACAUGAUAUUUUUUAUCAUGGUAAUAAUGGAAUACGUAGGUCUAUGAAACAAAUGUUGAAGAUAUCAAGCAAAAUUCUUUGAAAAGAGCAUUUGCAUUUAAAUAAGUGAUUAAAUUGAGGUUAAUUACAAACAGAAAGUAAUUAAUAAAAUGUAGUUCAGAAACAAUAAGAGUUAAUUAUAAUAUGAGCUGCAUUUGAAAAUUGAAUGAGUUUGUCUUGCUUCUGACAUACAGAUGGAUGGCCAAAUAUAUUUGUCAGCAAUUCAGAAUUUUAUUAGCCUAUCUGUCUUGAAAGAUAGAGUUAAGGAAACUGCAAAAUAAUCUUCCAAUUAAUAAAAUAUUAUUUAUGUUCC